AUGAAUCACAGCACUGUCACUGAGUUUGUGGUGGUGGGGCUUUCUGGGCAUCCUGACCUCCAAGAAAUCUUCUUCACCAUCUUCCUCUUCAUCUACCUAGUGGCCCUCCUGGGCAAUGUGAUUAUUGUUAUUGCCAUCAUUUACAAUACCACUCUUCAUUCUCCUAUGUAUCUUUUUCUGUUGGCACUUGGUGUGGUGGACAUUAUCUGCACCUCCACCAUCAUCCCAAAGAUGCUGGAAAACAUGCUGGUAUUGGAUAAGACCAUUUCUUAUGAGGGCUGUAUGUCCCAGCUCUUCUUUUUCACUUGGUCCCUGGGAGCUGAGAUGGUUCUUUUCACCACAAUGGCCUAUGACCGCUAUGUGGCUCUCUGUUUCCCCUUGCGCUAUAGCACUAUUAUGAACCGCACUAUGUGCAUGACACUUCUCUGCAUUGUCAUGGCCAUAGCUAUUGCCAAUUCUUGGGUACAUACAGGUCUCAUCCUCAGGUUGACUUUCUGUGGGCCCAACACAAUUGACCACUUCUUCUGUGAGAUCCCCCCAUUGCUUGCACUGUCCUGUAGCCCUGUGAGGACAAAUGAGGUGAUGGUAUUUGUGGCUGACAUUGCCUUAGCCAUGGGAGACUUCAUUCUCACCUGCAUCUCCUAUGGCUUCAUCAUUGCUGCUAUCCUUCGCAUUCGUACCACAGAAGGCAAGAGGAAGGCCUUCUCUACAUGCUCCUCCCAUCUCUUCGUGGUGUCUCUCUACUAUCCCGUCAUCUACACUUAUAUCCGCCCAGCUUCCACUUAUAACUUUGAAAGGGACAAGGUGGUGGCUGCACUGUACACUUUGGUGACUCCUACCCUGAACUCACUUGUCUAUAGUUUCUGGAAUAAGGAGAUCCAAGGAGGGAUCAAGAGAAUCUUUUCAUUUCUGAAAUGUCAUUGA